AUGGGGUUCAAGCCACACAGCGCGUCAAAGGCAAUCUUCGGCGGGCCCAGUGCACCUUCAAACCCUCGACCAGACAACUCUGGAACGUCUGGCACACAAGAGUCUAAAGCAGUCAGAUUUGUCUUACCCAUAACAAAGCGAACAAAACCACACAGAGUGAAGAGUACCAUCGGCAAAAAGUUUACACCCACAACUUUGUCGAGUGACACGAGCCAAAGCUGCCAAUCCAUCACAUUCAUGGGAUGUUACAAGCCUUUCUCUUUCGAGGAGUUGAGGCUCGCCGACUAUAAAAAGUUGAACAAAUGGAAGAGCUCGUCAAAAGCUGAUUCUGGCCUAUCUACUGCAUCUGCAGCUUCGCAGCCGGAGAACAAGGACUCUGCAACGUCUCUGCCACUCAGACCAAUUCUAACAGCGUCAGCGAAGACAGACAACCCAACAUUGAUUGCAUCCGAUGAGGCAACAAAAGUUGGAAAGAGGCAACCAACUACGGUCUGGUCUUCUGGAUUGUCUGACACCAAGGAUACUAACUCAUCGAGAUCGUUCUUUGGCCUGCCAUCAGGUAUCAAGACAAGCAACAUGUCUGGAUCAUCUUUUGUAUUCAGCUCUGUACCUGCGGCCAAGACGGAACCGCUCUUUAACUUUGCUGCCGCGGCAAACACAACUGCAAACGACAAGCAGUUUAACUGGUUCGCUCCGUCGGUGCCCCUGAAACAAGACUCAAACGAUAGAUCUUUGUUCAGUUCAUUGCCCAAGAUAAUCAUCCCAGCUGAUUUCACUUUCAGCAAGGUCUCUGGCAAAGUCAUCAAUACGACAAGCUCCAAGAUAGCCAACGAGCUCUCAGUCGAUCAGAGAACUGAGACCAACAAAAAGCUCAGCCUAGACACUAAGCCAUCCCAGGGCACUGUUGAUGUCUCCAAUGUCGGCAAGACACCGACUACUGCAUCCCUCUUCGCAUCUGCGGCCUUUAAAUUUAACAGCAACCCGCCCCUCUUCCCUUCUGCAUCCAAGCCAAAAAUGUCAGCAUCCGAUACCACAAUGGCAGAACGUCAGAGAUAUUUGCAGCUGCACCAUACCCAGGAUGCCAAAAUCUCAGGAGCCGACGAACAAUUGCGCACUACGCCGCUGAUCUCUCUCAAGGUCAAGGAGACAUCAGGAGCAAGGCUGAAGACAUCAAUGUUUCCUCAAUAUGCCUUCCUCGGCUGCCGUAUUCCUGAAUCCUGCUCUUUGGACGACAUCAUUACAACUCCCAAGCCCAUCGAAAUGCAAAGUAUCUCUGGUGCCUCAACCGUUGGAAGCGGCAAGAGCUAUACCCUCUCUGCCAUGAUCGAGAGCUGUCUCUAUCCUUCCGCUGAGAUUAGAAAACUGCCCAAGCCCCUGGCGGGAGUAGUUUUCCACAACAGCACUGUCUCUAUGCACAAUAUCUGUGAAGCUGCUCAUCUGGUGUCCCUAGGGGUCAAAGUCAACGUGCUCGUCUCCCGCAGCAAUUUCCACUCCUUAUCUACCAUCUACAAGUCUGCAGUUGGUGACAAACAUGAGAAGUUCCUGAACAUCCAGCCCUUGGUGCUGCAGUCUUAUCAUCUGACUGCAGAGCGUAUGCACCGCUUAAUGGCAUUCCAAGAAGGCGAGACCACGAUCCCACUCUACAUGGAAGUCAUCAUGCGUAUCUUGCGUGAGAUGGCCAUUACAGGAGCCCCCUUCAGCUACUCUACCUUCAAAGCCAAUCUUGACAACGAGGGUCUGCAGCCUGGACAGAAAGUCAUGAUGGAAAUGCGCCUCAACCUCCUUGAAUCGUUCUUGGACCCCUCUUGUGUCAAGGGCACCAACAGAUCGUCCAGGCGUACGGAUGAUCUCUUCACAACUUCUCCUGGCACUUUGACUAUCGUCGACCUCAGCGACCCCUUCCUGGACAGCAGUACAACCUGCACGCUUUUCUCGAUUCUUCUUGACAUCUUCCUUGCUUCUCGUCCUGCCUCCGGUCUACUUGUCUGUCUGGACGAAGCUCACAAAUUCAUGAAGAACACACCUGCCGCUGAGACAUUGACUGAGAACUUACUCACGGUCAUCAGAGAGCAGAGACACAAUGCCUGCCGCAUCGUCAUCGCCACUCAGGAGCCAACCAUCUCACCCAAGCUCCUGGAUCUGUGCUCGAUGACUUUUAAGGAGGGUGCGGCGGCUCUGUUCGAGAAGAUCAUCGAGUUGGAUGUGGGAGAGAGUUUGUUGUUUGCUCCUUCUGCUGUUUUCGAGGAACAGGAGGGUAAGGUGGUGAAGUUGGGGGUUCCGUGCUUCAAGUCCAAGACUAGGAAGAGACUUGGUGUUGAUGGUGGACAGAGUGUUCUCGCUGUUAGGGAGUGA